GUGUGGACGCCGCUGCCCCGCCCCCGGGAACCACGCCUCCCUCCUGUCGGAGGGACAGCGCCUCCCCGGGUUGGGGAAACUGAGGAAGCGGCGUGAAGACUGGGAGAUGGGACGCUGGGGGAACCGGACAAGAAUGGGGUGAGGGGCCCGGAGCCUUGGCUUCGGAGAGCAGGAGACCUUUGUCUCUGACCGGUUUCCUUCCCGACCAGGGUUGCCCACUCCCACCACAAUGGCCUCUGGGGUGGAAGUCCUGCGCUUCCAGCUGCCCGGCCACGAGGCCGCCACGCUGCGCAACAUGAACCAACUCCGCGCGGAGGAGCGGUUCUGCGACGUGACCAUCGUGGCCGACAGCCUCAAGUUCCGCGGCCACAAGGUCAUCCUGGCCGCCUGCUCCCCGUUCCUGCGGGACCAGUUCCUGCUGAACCCCAGCUCCGAGCUGCAGGUCUCCCUGAUGCACAGCGCGCGCAUCGUGGCCGACCUGCUCCUCUCCUGCUACACCGGAGCCCUGGAGUUCGCCGUCAGGGACAUCGUCAACUACCUGACGGCCGCGUCCUACCUGCAGAUGGAGCACGUGGUGGAGAAGUGCCGCAACGCGCUCAGCCAGUUCAUCGAGCCCAAGAUAGGCCUCAAGGAGGACGGGGUUGGCGAGGCCGGCCUCGUGAGCAGCGUCGGCGCCACCAAGUCCCUGCUCCCUCCGGGCCGGGGACCCCUACCCGGGGGCUUCUCGAGCGGAAACCCCUUAAAGAACAUCAAGUGCACCAAGUGCCCGGAAGUGUUCCAGGGCGUGGAGAAGCUGGUCUUCCACAUGCGCGCGCAGCACUUCAUCUUCAUGUGCCCGCGCUGCGGCAAGCAGUUCAACCACAGCAGCAACCUCAACCGCCACAUGAACGUGCACCGCGGCGUCAAGUCGCACUCGUGCGGCAUCUGCGGAAAGUGCUUCACGCAGAAGUCCACGUUGCACGACCACCUCAACCUGCACUCGGGUGCGCGGCCCUAUCGCUGCUCCUACUGCGACGUGCGCUUCGCUCACAAGCCGGCCAUCAGGCGGCACCUCAAGGAGCAGCACGGCAAGACCACGGCCGAGAACGUGCUGGAGGCCAGCGUGGCCGAGAUCAACGUCCUCAUCCGCUAGCUCGCCGUGGGCAAGGCGCAGGCGGGAGCCGGGUGGGGAAGGGCUCCGGGGCCCAGGAGCAUGGGGGGUGGGGGUCGGGCGGACAUCGGAGGGAGGGCGAGAUCCACGGAGGGAAGACCCUGCUCCUCAGGAGAGGACGGAGCUAGGGACAGGGUUCUUUGGCAAGGCCAAGGGAACGCGGGGCCCCAGAGAUACUGAUUUUCGUAGAGGUGCAUGGAUAUGUGGAGGGAGGGAAAAGGGUUCCAUAGAAUGAGAAAAAGAGAAGACUGGAAAAUGGUUUUUUCCUGGCCAAGGCUGCCCAGGGGAAGGAAGGUUCUGACACUUCUUGAGGUAGGGGUGGGUGGG